CAUCGUUUCCUCAAGACCAUUCUCGCAAAUGGUGUCAAAGGAGAUCCGAAAAUUCAUUCCCUGAAAUUCCAUCCCGGAUUGGGAAUCGAACCAGGAACCUUUGUGUUAUUAGUCCGAUGCACUAACCACUAAACCACGUUGUUAGUAUGAUACGGGUUAUGUUCUGCUGAUUUAUUUAAGGAUGCCGAAAUAUGCACACCAGAUGGUUCAUGGUGGAAAUAUGAAUGUUAUCAUAUGCCUUGUCCCAACAACUGGUAUGAGAUGUGUGAUCAAUGUUGUAAAAUGAAUAGCACUUGGUAUUGUGUCUCUGAUGUCCGUUAUCACUCAUGUGAAGCUAUUGCUCAAGGAAGCGUGACUACAACAACUACACUCAAUCCUAUUGGAGGUGUAACAUUCACUACGGAAAGAUAUUCAACCGAUAGACCAUAUCCAACACACAAACCAAAUGACAACACAGACAACUAUUCAUCGAGUAGCAGGAAGGCAUCCGUAAGCAUUGCGGUUGGGGCUUCAGUUGCUUUUGGAGCAGUAGUCAUCAUUGUUUUGUGUGUUAUUUUUGUGGUUUUGAAACAAAGACGAAAAAGUGAUCAACUUAGAAGGAAUAUGCCAAUCACUGCCCCCAACGUGCUGAUAGCUGGAAAUAAUGGACAGGCACGGGGAAAUCCAAUAUAUUAUGUAGGGGACAGAGGAACAACCAUAGCGCCUAACCCACCACAUGGUUAUACACAUACCAGUUUUGCUUACAAUCAAAAUGUGACCAAUGGGAAUCCGCAAUAUGCUUCACCACCACCUUACUCAACUUGUGUUGUUUCUGACCAACCAGAAAGAGUUUUGUCAGCACCAACUGACUCUGCAGUACAUUACCAAGAAAUUCAAAAUGCCGAUGAAAACGCUGAGUAUUCACAAGCAUCACAUUUGUGAGUUCCACAAUGACUCAUUGAGAGUGGGUUACUGGUAAUACAUUUAGUAUUCAUUGAAAGGUAUGAAGUGAAUAUCCUGCUCUGAACUGAUGUAGGUGUACAUAGCAAAUCAUGGCAUUCGACACAGAACUGGGAAUCACAACGACUUGUUGUAUGAGUCCUAUCAUAUUCAUAACAAUUGAAAUAAUUGCAUCGUCGUACUCAUCGUAUAGAAACAUUUGGGAGUAAUAAAAUAUCUUUACGAUAGUUA